AGAGGAACUUGACUGGUGAGAAAUCAGAUCCUAAGUUGCGUUAUGGAGAUGGACUAGUGGGGAUGUGGUCGUUUUAAAACCAAAAUAAUCGGAUACCAUCCCACACUCCUUUAAAAACCGACAACAACCGAACUGAACAACCUUCAGAAACCGUAGUUAAGUGAACGACGUAAUUUUGCUACCGACUUAAUACUUUUUGGAGGCCCGAGGAAAAACACAACAUUAAGCUAACGAUAAGUAGCCACCAUGUCGUGGGAAGAAAUGCCUUGUUUUCUGGCCUCGUCUCUAACCGGUUUUUCUGCUCUCUGAUCCCAGUGGACAAAACAAGCAAAGCUUGCGAGCCAUGGCGGACAGCUUCGGAGAGCAGUCCAGCGGCGGUGCCCUUGGCUUAGGCGUUACCGGACUGCCGACUUUGGCUAACUCUCUGCCGGGGGGCCACUCUGCAGCCAGCGGUACUCUCUCCAGCUCCAACCCUGCGUCCCCUGCCCCCGCCGCGGCCGCGCAGAGUGGCCUAACCGCUUUGGUGGCGCCUCUGUCCGCUGUCACUGCUACCCCAGCCAGUUUUGGGAACACGUUCACCCCCGGCUCAUCGCCCCCCGUCGUGGCCGUGUCUCAGACCGUACACGCCUCCUCGCCUCUCACCGGUGUUGGGUUAGGGGUCGGCGGGGUGGCAGGAGCGGGCCUGUUGUCCCAAAUCCACGCUACUUCCUGGGACCCGACCCUAAGCACGGACUGGGACAACGAGAAGGCUUCUCAGCAGUGCAUCCUGAGGAUAAAGAGGGAUAUCAUGUCCAUCUACAAGGAACCUCCACCGGGGAUGUUUGUCGUCCCUGAUCCUCAAGACAUGACCAAGAUCCAUGCCCUGAUCACAGGCCCAUUUGACACACCGUACGAGGGCGGCUUCUUCCUCUUCCUGUUCCGCUGCCCUCCCGACUACCCCAUCCACCCGCCGCGGGUCAAGCUCAUCACCACCGGACACAACACCGUCCGCUUCAACCCCAACUUUUACCGCAACGGCAAGGUCUGCCUCAGCAUCCUGGGGACAUGGACAGGCCCAGCAUGGAGUCCAGCCCAGAGUAUCUCAUCUGUCCUCAUCUCCAUUCAGUCUCUGAUGACGGAGAACCCCUAUCACAACGAACCUGGCUUUGAACAGGAACGCCACCCAGGGGACAGUAAGAACUACAACGAGUGCAUCCGCCAUGAAACCAUGAGGGUGGCUGUGUGUGACAUGCUGGAGGGCAAAGUCCCCUGUCCUGAAGCUCUGUGGAGUGUGAUGGAAAAGUCCUUCCUAGAAUACUAUGAUUUCUAUGAGGGAGUCUGCAAAGAGAGACUCCAUCUACAGGGACAGAACAUGCAGGACCCAUUUGGCGAGAAGCGUGGUCGUUUUGACUACCAGGGCCUGCUGGCUCGCCUCAGCGCCACCCACAGGCGGAUACGGGAGAAAAGCCUGGCGGAGGACGACCACAACGACGAUUCAGAGUCGGACACCAGCUCCUCGGGGACGGACCCCGACAGCCAGGGCAGCUCUCAGCCCUGACUUCCUGGACAGUUCUGGACUCCAAAGCCAGACCUGGAGCUGAAGACAAAGGGACCUUUUUUUUGUUUUGUUGCGGUGGAGGAACAAAAUGACAGAAGAUAAUACAAUGCCUAAGUUCAAGGCUUUAGUGAGUUCAGGGUUCAGGAUUGGAAUCAAGCUUCUGUUGUAUGGGUAUUGCUAGUCAAAUGCUGGCAAGUUUGGCCUGGAGCUGUGUAUUUGUUCUACUUUUGUAGCUAUAACCAGCUGUCAUUUUGAUGUCAUGUUUGAUUCUAAAACUCAAGUUGGCUGCCCAAAUGCUUGCUUGAUGUUGAGAUAAACCAGCCAUUGUUGCUUUUGGAUAUAGGAGGUUAGUUUCAUGGCUCAAACCUCAAACUUGAAAUGAACAAAAGAAGAAGCUAUUGCAGCAUUCUUGACUGUUGUUCCUCUUUGACCCACAAGCCUAAACAGAAAUCUAGGAAGUUUUUAAUACUCUUGACCUGGGAAAGACUAUCUGGCGGGGAUCUGCAAGGUGAAGGCCUGGAUCUCACUUUGGCUUUGAAGUCCAGGCAGGUUUGGGCCAGACAAAGGGACCUCAGAAUGGGAAAAGUGGGGUGACCUAUUGCAGUGGAAAGGUAGUUGAGUUCCGGAGGAAGGAAAGAUGAAACUUUUUUUAAACAUUUAAGGUAGUGGCACAUCAGCAAGGCUUUGCGAGUCACGUGCCUCGUCUCCUCGUCUGGUCAGGGUGAAGCUCUUUCAGACUGAACCUCAGCCGCCUCUACAACCAGGCCACAUAAAACAUCAGCAGCUUGCCAUUCUGAAUACAGUGAGCCCUGUGUAUUAUACAAAUAAAUCCUGCUUAGCUUUAUGUUCUAAUAGUGCUGUUGAAUUAACAGUAAAUCUGUUUAUCAGAUAAGAAGCUGUUAGACAAAUGUCAGUUUCAUUGACAUCUACCUUUAUAUCCUAUGUUGUGUUUUCUCAUUUUUGCUGAAACUGACUUGCAGAGUGUAGGCUGCAUUGUUUAUUUGGAAACUGCUGUUCGUUGGGUUGCUGACUCUCUGGCUGAUGUGAUUAACCUGUCAAGAUAUAAACCAAACCAUUCUGUGCUUUAGCUAGAUCCACCUGGGGUUGGGGGGGGGGGUUUUAAUGGAGGCUAGCAAGCCUGUGUUCACGCUGCAAGUAACUCAGUCGCUCUGUUCUGUCUGAAUGAGUGGGCCUACCAAAGGCUUUGCUUGCUUCUCUACAGCGAUGUAGACAGAAGACAAAUCGAGCCUUUUCACUGCUUUUAUUUUGGUUUCUUGAUACUGAAAAUACCUAAAAUGGCAUUGGCUGACUAAGUAGCUUUUGUUGAAAAUAAACCGAUAAACCCUGGGCUCAACCUGUAUUCAUUUGUUAUUUGACAUGCAUGCUUUUCAGCGCUAGAUGUCGGUCUGGUUUGAUGUUGACAAAAACAUCAGUAAAGGAAAUGAGACAACAUCUGAGAUCAGGUGCUGAUUAUCCAACGUUAAUCAGUUUGUUUUGCCCGGGCACACACAGGCCAAGAUUCACUCGUCAGUGGCACAGGACUUGUUGACAGCAUUGCUUGCAGUGUGAACACAUGAGCAGAGGAAACACUCCAAAACACUCCUUGUGCUUUAUGUAGAUUGAAAGUGUUAUUGGUGUCUGUAAUCAUUUCACCUGUUCAGACUGGCUGUGAAGAGAUCCCUUUCCAGCUUGACUCAGCUGUAAGACAUGGGACAAAAUCUACAGUCCUUGUUCCAUGUCAGCCGAAGCUGUUGAGGCUACAUCUCUGUGAGAUCCAUUCAUCCUGGUAGUCAGGUUCAGGUUUAUUGCAGGUAUUUUUUAUUUAUUUUUUUGCUUACAGUGCAACACCAAUUAUAUCCCUCAGCACUGUCAGUGGAAACUGAAUUUUGUACUAAGACUGUAACAUACAAGGCUAGUCUGAUCAAGUGGGUAUCUUCCAAUAAGCUUCUGGUUCACUUUGCAAUGCAUUUUUCACGGGAUAUGAGGAAGUUAUCUCUUCACAGACAGUAUGGGGAGGAGGAAUGAUUGUACUGAGUAACCAGUACCCAAUUCAUAAUCCAUAAUCCAAAGUACAUACAGGAUGUUAGUGUUGUUUUGAGAGAGAGUUGAAAAUAAGCAUAUUUACUUUGCAGAGAGUUAGAUGAGAACAUCAUCUAAUCAAAAAUCCCUCUUAUGUCUGUAUGUUAGAUCUGAAGUCGCAGGCAGUUAGCUUAGAACAAAGACUGGAAACACUGUGAAACAGCUAGUCUGUCUCCGUCUGAAGGUGACAAAACCCACCUACCAGCACCUCCAAAGCUCCCUAAUUUUCUAUUUUACAAAAUUCAGGUACAUAAACCCCUAUAAAAAAAUAAAAUGUUGAUUUAUAUAUACAUGUAAAAUGUUAGUGAGAAUUAGAGGUGCUGGUAGCAGGAUUUUGCUACUUUUGGAUAGGUUAUCUGUUUCCAGUCUUUGUGCUGAGCUGACUGGCUGCUGAACCCUAACCACAUAUUUACACCACAUCAUACUUUCAAGUGUAUUUCUCAAAAUGUUGAACUAUUCCUUUAAGUCUUAAUACAGACUCUUUAAACUUUUGCAUACUGUCCCUUUGUGAUGAGACAACGGGGUCAGACAAAUGAAUGGCUGUUUGUGCUUCUUGUAUUUCCUUUCUGCCUUCCAUCGUCCUCCAGCCUCUGCCUUUUGCUCUCACAGUUUUCCUUAACUGUCAUUCAAACCUUUUAUCAAACCCUGGUCCACUGGCGGGGGUUAGGUUGAGCAAGAUUCAACUGGCAUCACCAAUAUAGGGCAUUCUGUUUUAUUUCUUUUAUUAUGAUAAGGAAUGGUUAUAUGAGAAGCCGCUCCUAGCAGAAUAUGUGUGAUUGCCAAAAUGUUGAUUGCAACACACUUCCUGAAGUGGAAGUGAAGUGAUCAUAUCCCUGUUUGGUUGUGUUGUGUUGUACGUAAAGCAGGGUUCUUCUGUGGCUGUAUAAAGCCUGGUUUACUGAGUGAUUACAUUUCCAGGUCUUGAAAAUGUUGGUAAUGUACAGAUGUUAUGGAAAAGUACAGAAUAAAAUAUUGUUCAGUCCUUA